CCAGUAGCACUCUGUGUCAGCACAGCAAGUUAGGCUAUCAAGACAUUCACAUCCCCAAGAGCACUGAAAACAAAUACAAACUCGGGCACCUCAUGGAACCAGGAAUUAUGAAUCCACAGCAGGAUUUGCUCUUCAUCAUCCAGUAAUGGCUCUGAUUGAAGGGAUGUUCCUUUCCUGGAUGCUCUCCUGAUUUUUGGACUUUUCUCUACCAACCACAGCAACCCUUUCAUCACAGAAAUUCAAUCAACCCUUGGGGCCUCUUCCUCUAAUCCGGGUCAGCCACGUUGACUCCUCCAAAUCUCUCUCAGCUUUACUCCUGAGUCUCUGGACUUCUUUCUCCACCAUAGCUCCAUGGAUCCCUCCAGAAUUUGGCUGUGCCUUCUGAUUGGGCCAUCCCCCUUCAUUUGCAAGUAGCUUUGUGUCAUGUACCCGCUGGGGGCAGGGCAGCAGGGCCACUGGCAAAAGCAGGAAACACCAGCUUCUUAGAAAGAGUUGCACCAAAGAUAGGACAAGUUUGCAAGGAAGAUUGGGACCAGUGUUUGAUGUGAUUGAUCUCCACUCAUUUGCAAAGGGAGCAGUGGAGGAGAUUCAGAAUAGGAGGUGGACUACUGAAAGCUAGCAGCAUGAGUUCAGCUAUCCUGAAGGUGGAGGCUCUAGAUGCUGACCGUUUGGUCCAGAUCCAUUGGGACGAUGGGGAAGAGUCUCUCUACCCUGCCGUGUGGCUGAGAGACAACUGCCAGUGUCCUUGUUGCUACCUGGAUUCUGCAAAAGCUCGUAAACUUCUCAUCGAAGCCCUGGAUGUUAACACAUGGGUCAAGCACAUGACUUUGAUCAACCAAAGAAAGGUACAUAUCAUUUGGCCUGAUGAGCACAUUAGUGAUUUCGAAGCAGAUUGGCUAAAGAAAAGAUGUUUUUCCCCAAAAUCCAGAGCAAAAGUACAAAAAGAAUUGUUUUUGCCAGAAUGUCAUUAUUGGGGCUCAAAUCUCCAGCUUCCUACUCUGGAUUUUGAAGAUGUUUUAACAAGUGAUGAACAUACCUAUAAUUGGCUGUCUACUCUUAAGAAAAUUGGUAUAGUACGGCUGACUGGAGCAGCUGCACAGAGAGGAGAAGUCGCUAAACUUGGCAAGAAGAUCGGCUUCCUCUAUCUCACAUUUUAUGGACAUACUUGGCAAGUACAAGACAAAAUCGAUGCGAAUAAUGUGGCUUACACAACUGGAAAGCUAAGUUUUCACACAGAUUAUCCAGCACUACAUCAUCCACCUGGGGUUCAAUUCCUUCACUGCAUAAAGCAAACGGCCACUGGUGGGGAAAGCGAAAUUGUAGACGGAUUCAACAUAUGCCUACAGCUCAAGGAACAAAAUCCUAAGGCAUUCCAGAUCCUCUCCUCAACUUUUGUGGAUUUUACAGAUAUUGGAGUUGACUUUUGUGACUUCUCAGUGCAAUCCAAGCACAAAAUUAUAGAAGUAGACAAUAGAGGUCAAGUGAUUCGCAUCAACUUCAAUAACUCAACCAGAGAUACAAUAUUUGACAUCCCUGUUGAAAAAGUACGGCCAUUCUAUGCUGCCCUGAAAGAGUUUGUUGACUUGAUGAAUCACAAAGAAAACAAGUUUACCUUCAAGAUGCAUCCAGGUGACGUCAUUACAUUUGAUAAUUGGCGUUUACUUCACGGCCGACGGAGUUAUGAAGCAGGAAAAGAAAUAUCUCGCCAUCUUGAAGGUGCUUAUGCGGACUGGGAUGUGGUUAUGUCAAGGCUCCGUAUCUUAAAGAAGGUUGUCAAAAGUGAAAAUUAAAUUUACUAGCUGCACUUUUGAUUUUAGUGGAACUAAGGAUGAUUUUGUAAGAUACAACAUACUUAAUCUCCACUUGCCACAAUCACUAGUAUUACAUAAAUGGUCCUAUCUCAUAGACAUUAAUUUCUUUAAUGUUAACAAUGCAGCCAAAUUUGCAAGGUUACUGUUUUCUCUGUUUCUGCAAAUGUUAUGGUAAUGAUACUGGAUCCAGAAAAGAGAUGAAGAAAGACAUCCCUCUUCUUUCCUUGGAAGGGCAAGGACUGUGGGUACAUAAUAUUAUUUAUGUCAUCAUAUGGUGUUGCAGUGUCAAUUAGUUUUACUCAUUUUUCUUUUGCAUUAGAGGAAACUCAGUAAUAGGGAGUAAGAGGGGAGCUAUAUCUAGAAAUGACUAAUAUAAAAAUAAAAGUUACCAAUAAAACUUUUUUAAAUGCUA